UAGUAAUUUUUACACGCGUGUUUAUUUUACGAACACCGUUCAAAAUGUCUGCGCCCAUUGGGAACUUUCAGUUUGAGCUGGAACAAUCUUUGCAAGCAGCAAAAUCGAGAGGUUUACUGCGAAAAAUUACAGACGAGAAAUCAGAGGAUGUGUUCAUCAAAACAUAUGGGCAACUCGUUAAAAUAAAUGACAUAGAAUGGGUGACUGUAUUCUUUGAUAACUGUCACAAGCUGAACAUUAAGGCAAGUGAGAAUGCAAGUGGCUUUAGAAAUGAAGGGAACAGAUUGUUUCAAAGAAAGAUAUACAAAGAGGCAGUCUCAAAAUACACACAGGCAGUCUUGAAUGGCCCAAAAGAAUCUGAAGAGCUUGCACUGGCAUAUGGGAACAGAUCUGCUGCUUUAUACAGGAUUGGAUCUUAUCAGGAAUGUCUAGCUGAUAUAGAAGAAGCUCUGAAGUGUGGAUUUCCGUCUUCUCUCUGCCAUAAGUUACUGCUUAGAAAGGCACAAUGUAUGAGCCAUCUUGGACAACAUGAGGACACUCAAUUAUGUUUAGAGGUGCUGCAGAAAAAAUUGUCAGGCUUAGAUCUUGAUGCAAGUAAAAAAGAUGUUAUUUUGAAGGAAAUAUCAGAGAUACAAAGUUUACAUAAGUCAAAUGUAUGUAAGAAUAAGCAAGAGAUUCAGAACGUCAGGCCAGAGGUAUCAUAUGGCUGUAAUCCAGUACUGGUUCAAGCCUCCAGUGCAGUUGUCAUGAGCACAAGCCCAGCUAAAGGAAGAUAUUUAACUGCUUGCAAAGAUAUGAAAGCUGGAGACACAUUGAUAGUAGAAAGACCAUUUGCUGCCGUCUUGCUCCCAGACCACUACCCCACACACUGCCAUCACUGUUUUCAAAAGUUAUCAAUAGCUUAUCCGUGUAGACAAUGUACAAUGGUAAGAUAUUGUAGUCCAGAUUGUGAGACUUCAAGCUGGAAUGUUUAUCAUCAUGUCGAAUGUAGAUAUCUGCAACUGCUUCAUUCAGUUGGUAUAGCUCACUUGAGUUUAAGAAUAAUUCUUGUAGCUGGACUUAAAUAUUUACUAGAUUUCAAGGCUGAACAAAAUACAAUCAAGGUGAAGGAUACAAUGGGCCUGGAUGAAAAUGGUCAAUAUACAGGCAAUUACCAGCCUGUGUACAAUCUAAUGACACAUUGUGAAGACAUGACAGUCGAGGAUUUAUUUCAGUAUACUAUGACAGCUGAAUUAUUGUUAAAGAUACUUCAACAUUCCGGUUGGCUGGGAAAUAAAUCAGGUCUUACGGAUAGAACAGAUGAGGAAUCAUGUAUUAUAGGAGGUUUAUUAUUGAGGCAUAUUCUACAGUUAGUCUGUAAUGCGCAUGCUAUCACAGAAUUACAGUGCAAUCAGCAAACAAAUGAUAGUAUAGUGGAAGAAAAGAGUCAAGUUAGAAUAGCAACAGCUAUAUACCCUACAGCUAGCCUGAUGAAUCAUUCCUGUGACCCAACUAUCAUAUCAAGUUUCUGUAAGAAUAUUUUAGUUGUACGUGCUGUAAAAGAUGUAAAAACAGGAGAGGAAAUAUUCAACUGUUAUGGACCACACUAUAAACGAAUGGGAUGGAGUGAACGUCAGCAAUGUUUGAAGGAACAAUAUUUCUUUGAAUGCCAGUGUAGUCCAUGUGUAGAAGGGGAGGCCAGUGAAGCUUUAUAUAUGAGUUACAGCUGCAACUGUUGUUCAGGACCUCUAAUGAGAACACCAUCAUCACAGUAUGUUUGUCAACAGUGUAAACAAGUGGGAACAGCUGAUGUAAAAAGCGCUGAAAGAGCUGCCAAGUUAUUCCAGCAUGGACUAGACUGCUUACAUGAAAAUAGAAUAAAAGGUGCAAUAGAAGUGUUAGAGGAGUGCCACACUAUAAGAAGAUCUAUACUGUAUAAACACAACAAACUGUUGGCUGAUGCUCAAGAUUGUCUCGCAAGAUGUUAUGCUAUGACUGGAAAUUUUAAAAAGGCUUUAAAAUACCUCAGAGAGAGUGUCAAAACAGUUGAAAUUAUGUUUGGAGAAAAUAGCAUUGAAUUUGCCAAUGAACUGCAAAAAUUGUCAGAGACAUUGAUUGGUGCACAAGAUUGGAAGGAAGCUCUCUCAACCAAUGAAAGAGCUUGUGAAAUAUUUGAAAGGAAUUAUGGGAAGUCACAUGAUACAGUCCAAGAGCUCACUGCAUCUAGAGACAAAUUAUUACAAAUUCUGUGUAGUUAGUAUUGAAAUAUUUCAUAUAAUUUGUUGAAAAUUUGUAACUUUAAUGAAAUGAAAUCUAAAA